AUGCAGUAAAGGACAUCAUCUAACUAAAAGAUCUUUAAUAACCAAUACUAAAUAAUCAAAAAGCUAUCUUCAGGUUCUUUUGGAGUAGUUUUUUUGGGAAUUGACCUCUUAACAAAAUAAGAGGUAGCUAUUAAGGUUGAAAAAGAAGAAAAUGAGGAAGUGCGUUCAUUAGAAAGGGAAGUUUAGAUACUUAAGAAAUUGGACGGUGCUGAUGGGUUCCCAAAAUAUUUUUGGUCAGGGGAAGAUCAAGGCUACAACAUUCUGGUUAUUUAAUUGUUGGGAAAGGAUUUGUCCUAUCAUUUUAAGCAAUUAAAAAAAUUCUCCCUUAAAACUGUCCUCACUCUAGGGAUUCAAGCGGUAUAGAUUUUGGAGAGAUCUCAUCAAAAAGGUGUCAUUCACAGAGAUUUGAAACCUGAAAAUAUGAUAUUAGGAAUUGGGAGAGAGAUAUCAAAGUUAUAUUUAAUAGACUUCGGAAUAAGUAAAAUAUAUAGAGAUUCAAAUGGCAAACACAUGUAUCGAACAUAUUUGAUUUUAUAAUUUAAGAUCGUUUAAAGAUCAAAAAUCUUUCUUAGGUACGACUCGAUAUGCAUCAAUAGCGGCACAUUUAGGACAUGAACUGGGUCGUAAAGACGAUUUAGAAUCUUUAAUGUAUAUUCUCUUGUAUUUUUUACGAGGGUAGUAAAUUAUUUAUUAAAUAAGAUAGUUGCCUUGGUAAAAUAUGGUUAAUGUUACUGAUGAUGAACGAACAAAGAAGGUGGGAGAGAUGAAAUUAUCAAUGGAACGUGAAGUUUUUAAAGAUUAGCCGGGUGAGCUACAACGCAAUUUUGAGUACUCAUCAAAUUUCACAUUUAAGUUACAUCAGAAAACUUUAAUUUAAAUAGGAACCAAAUUACAAAAUGAUAGUGUAAGAAUUUAGAAGAGCAGCUGAAUCUUCAAAUAUAACAAUUGAUGGUAAUUUUGAUUGGACAGAAAUUAAAUAAUCCACGCAUUAUUAGACAGACUCUAAUUAAAAUUAAAGCAGAAACAACAUACCUAUGAAUUCUAAUGAAAUGAAAAAAUCUAUUGAAAAGCAACUCUCAGUAAUUUAACAUAGGUAUAUAUUAUUUGUUAUUAUUUCUAAGCUCUAAUAAUUUAUUGGCACCUCCUCCUUUAGGUUCUGCUCGAGGGACCUUUUAAAGAGACGAUAUCAGAAAGAACUCCAGUCUUACUCAAUAAAGCAGUAUUAAUUAUUGCUAAUCUCUCAAUCCAAAUUACUAAAAAUCCAUAUGUGAAGAGCCUCUUUAAGAGGAUAAUCAUUAUUAUGAUUUUGAUAGUGUUGAAAUAAGCGAAAAUUAUAAGGCAGACUCUAGUUUGCACAACAAAUAUCAUAAAAUAAAACUGGGAAUUUUUGUGUAAAUUUAUUUUUAAUUAAAUUAGACAUUUUCUCCCAAAACAAAUCAAACUUAAAUGA